GGAGUUAUUUUCUGUUAUUGUUUGCAUGUGACUCGUUGAAGAAUGUGACAUUUUGCAAAGAAACAUUUCACUUUAAUUAUUUUAAAAUUCUCAGUCAUCAGACUUUGACGAUAGGAAACAUUUGGCUAUAUAAUCGUGUAAGCUUGUCAGAUUAACCAGCAUCUCGUGGUGAUGGAGAAGGUAGUUAAGGAUGUUGGUGAUAUUCAGUCCAGACUGACUGAUCACAGGCCGAUCCUGCAGGGAGAAAUCAGAUACUUCAUCAGGGAGUUUGAGGAAAAGCGUGCUUUCAGAGAAUGCCGCCUACUUGAAAAUCUGAAUAAGAUGACCUCGGACACCAAUGAACAUGAUCUGCCACGGUGCACUGAGAGUAUGCAUGAGAAACUAUGUGACGCUCUCACACGACUUGAAGCAGCGAAUCAUAUGGCACAGAGGAUCCAGCAGAGGGAGCUACAGGUUGAACAGAACACACAUCUACAGGUGUGUGCGGAGAGGCGGAAGCAGGACUGGGAGGAGUUCCAGAGGGAGCAGUUUCGUCUAAAGGAGGAGGUGGAUGAGGAGCACGCUAAAGCUGUAGGCAGACUUAGCGCUCAAUACAAUGACAUGAAAAAAGACCUGGCCAAAUACAGCAGCUUCUGAACCUCAAUGAACUGUUAAUGAAUGUUUUACUUAUGACAUAUCAGUGUAGUGCAGUUGUUUCCUUUUUCCAUUUUGUUGAUGCUGUCAGUGAUGACAUUAAAUAAAUAUUUUAUACAAAAUGGAAAUGUGUCAUCACUAACCAAGUCUCAUGUCAUUGAAACCUCUUGUGGAAAAAAAGGACAUUUUAACAUCUUUAAAAAAAAGGUAACAUCUAAUUUAGAGUCUUUACAUUCAUGAACUUUUAGCCUGUAAAAACAUCCAUCAUGGCACACAUGUGCCUCUAACAUCCUUUAAGUUCACAUUUAAUCACAGACAUUUACACAUUCUAAAAUUCUAAAUUAUUAUUUGAAACAUUCUGAAAACUGUAAAUACCCUCUCGUAUGACAGUUUUUUUCCUACAUGUGUUUGUACUGUAUGUAUAAAAUCUCUUGCAUUAAACGUGUCUGAAUGUGUUUCAGGCCAUCUGUUUACCUGCUUUAGACUGAAAAAGAUCUUGGCCAGAAAUCUGUCCUUUCUCCUCACAUGUCUCUGUGUUUUCCACACAAUAGUAAAAGGUCAGAAAGCACAUUCAGUGAAUCUGAGCUGCCUUUGACAUGGGUGGAGCAAUUGGAUUGUCAAUUCUUCGCAUGCUAUAUCCUGAGCAUUUACACACUGCUAAUGUAACCACAACAAGUCUGUUUACCAUUAGUCAAGGUGUUUCUCUGUGCGGAUGCAUCAGUGGAAGGUAUUAUUUCAGAGAUUUCUAUGAAAUGCUGUUGGUCAUGGU